AUGGACAGGACCGGCGAUUGCACGCUGUCACUCCCCGAGAGACACUCAACCACCAUUACCAUCUUCACCAUCUUCACCAUCUUCACCAUCUUCACCAUCUUCACCAUCUUCACCAUCUUCACCAUCUUCACCAUCUUCACCAUCUUCACCAUCUUCACCAUCUUCACCAUCUUCACCAUCUUCACCAUCUUCACCAUCUUCACCAUCUUCACCAUCUUCACCAUCUUCACCAUCUUCACCAUCUUCACCAUCUUCACCAUCUUCACCAUCUUCACCAUCUUCACCAUCUUCACCAUCUUCACCAUCACCACCACCACCACCACCACCACCACUAUCGCCGUCGUCCUCGUCAUCAUCGCCAUCGUACAGCCCUCGUCGCUUCGUUCCAUUCUAGCCUCUCGAGCAUGGUGCGAGCAGCUUCCCCAUCGUCGUCCUCUGCGCGGGGCGGCAUGCACCACGCCGACGUCGAGUCCGGAUACGCAUCCGGCCACUCCGACGACGCUCCGUUGCCGAAAAAAGAUGGAACCCAUGCACCCCAUGGACAUCCUUCGCUUCUGCACCAUCCUGUUUCCCGACCUGUACCAGUCGACGGCCUUUGGCCUCACGGGGCUCGCCACGCUCGACAUGCUCUGCAAGAUUCGUCGGGAAAACAGCUCGUUGAGGCCGGUGGGGCUAAUCUUCCUCGACACGCUCUACCACUUCCCAGAGACGCACGAGCUCGUCGCCCGCGUCCGGGAACGCUACCCCGACGUGCCCGUGCACGUCUUCAAGCCCGACGGCGUCGACACCGUCGAGGAGCUCGAGGAGACGUACGGCGCCGAGAUGUGGCGCACGGCCGGCGACAUGUACGACUGGAUCGUCAAGGUCGAGCCGCUGCAGCGGGCCUACGACGAGCUGCGGGUGGCGGCCGUCGUCGGCGGUCGACGGCGCUCCCAGGGGGCCGCCCGCGAGUCCAUGCCCAUCCUCGAGCUCGACGACGAGCGGGGCAUCAUCAAGAUCAACCCCAUGGCCACGUGGAGCUUUUCCCAGGUCCGCGACUACGUCCGGGAGAAUGCGGUGCCGUACAACGCGCUGCUUGACCGGGGAUACAAGUCGGUCGGCGACUGGCACUCGACGAGCCCCGUCGAGGAGGGCGAGGACGAGCGGGCCGGCCGGUGGAAGGGCCAGGCGAAGACGGAGUGCGGCAUCCACAACAGGCGGUCGAGGUACGAGCCGUUUGCCGACGGCGCCAAGGAAAAGAAGUCGGUCGGCCAGGUGGUUCCGCCCGUGUGA